GUUCUGGUAAGCUUAUAACAUCCAAUGGUAGCCACUAAUAAAAAAUAACAUUACGACUAGGUGAAAACCAAUUAUUUUUAACACUAUUCGAGUCGUUUCUAAUGAUUGGAUAAUUGUACACAGUCACCUUGCAUCAACAUCCAGGACGAGAGAUUGUAUCAACUUCAGUUGCGAGUGCGUAUAUGAUCGAAUUGAGCAAACAUAGUCUUAACUUAAAUGGUCCAUUUCAAUACUCCUCAGCGCAAGUUUGAAUAUUAGUUUUUUAGUAAUCCUAAAAAUAAAUGGUGACAACAAAUAUUUGAAGAAGGUGUGUGACAUACUAUAAGCCUAAUCAUUCAUGUUCACAGUGCAAAUUAUAAAACAUUCUUAAUUGAGUAACUUGUAUAUUUAAAGUAUCCAUGACGUUGACUCACACUUGCUAGUAUAUUUUAGGUUGCAAUUUGUAUUGUAAAAUAGAAUAGCACAUUGCCUGGCAUAUAUAUAUGUUAUUUUCAAACUUCAGUAUGGCAUCUUUAAUGAACACACGCCGUGAAACUGAAGAGCAAUUGAAUGAUGAAGCGAACGCUGUAACUAAAAAAUUAAAAAAAAUUACAUCCAUGCACAUUACAUGCAAAAGAGUAUUAAAAAGAAACGAAACCAGAGUUAUAAUUCUCUGUUGCGAUUGGGCACCCGAUAACCGUCACGUUGUUUCAUCUUCUCAGGAUGGCCAAUUGAACAUUUGGAACACUGUCACAUCUCGAAUUAAGCAAACAUUCACAUUGCCCACCGACUGGUUGAUGUCGUGUGCUUAUUCACCUUCGGGCAACUUGGUGGCUUGCGGGGGCAUGAACAAUAAACUUAAUGUAUUUAACAUUUCAGUCCCAACGGCAGAUUCAUUACCUGUUGAAAAAGAAACUAUUGGCAUUCACAGACACUUUAUUUCUUGUUGCUUGUUUCCUAAUACAGACCAUCGGAUAUUGACUGGAAGUGGAGAUACGACCGUUGCUCUGUGGGACGUUGAGUCUAAAACGUUGUUGCAAUCAUUUUCUGAACAUACCAGAGACAUAAUGUCUAUUGAUGUGUUACCUUCUGAUCGCAACAUAUUUGUGUCAGGCGGCUGUAAAAAUACUAUGGUCUUGUGGGACAUGAGAAUGGAACAAAGUGCUCAAACAUUUAAAGGUUACGCGACCGACAUAAACAGUGUUAAGUUCCAUCCAAGUGGAGUGACUGUAGCUUCUGGUUGUACUGAUGCAACAUGUUGGUUAUAUGACUUACGAACAAAUAAAAAAGUUGCCAUUUAUGCAAAUGAAGAUUUGUGGUUUGGAUGUAGCUCUAUUGAUUUUUCAACCAGCGGUCGAAUACUGUUAAGUGGAUAUACAGAUCGUAAAAUAAUUGCUUGGGACAGUUUAGACUAUGAAAAAAUAAAAACAUUUCGUGGCCACAAGAACAAGGUAUCACAUUUAAAACGUUCACCAGAUGGAGCAGCCUUAGCAACAGCUAGCUGGGACGGAUCAUUACGUAUAUGGGCAUAGAUAGUUUUGAAAAUGAAGGUUGCCGAUAUUUAACACUGCUCGCCGCUUGGACGCCAGACGGGCCCAAACUUACAAGUCACCCUGCAGAGAGCAGCCUGUGCGCAGUUCGUGAGCGG